AGCUAUUCGCCAGAUGGAACAAACACUGAAUGGACGCGCAGCAGCGCCGCGGCGCACCAAAGAACGAGUCGAAGUUCUGAGUGCAGCCUGAAUGAACUCGACUUCUUGCAUUAAAGAGCGUAGCUCAUCAUGGGGGAUGGAUCACCGUCUGUGACUUACAGCAAUGACUCGAACCGUGGGACACUGGACCUUAACUCCCAGGACACGGCUUUGUCGGAGCAAUGGAUGAUUGGGAUGGGAAUGGUCAUGGGCAUUAUUGUGCUGAUGAUCGUCUUUGGCAAUAUUUUGGUUAUCGUGGCCAUAGCCAAGAAUCAGAGACUUCAGACCCUCACCAACGUGUUUAUUGUGUCCCUAGCUUGUGCGGACCUUAUUAUGGGGAUGCUUGUGGUUCCUUUUGGCGCUGCGCUUGAAGUCAAGGGUGUGUGGCUCUAUGGAUCUUUCUUCUGUGAAUUUUGGAUUUCGGUUGAUGUACUUUGUGUCACUGCCAGCAUUGAAACUCUUUGUGUGAUUGCGAUAGACAGGUACAUUGCCAUCACCUCUCCUUUUCGGUAUCAGAGCCUACUCACAAAAGCCAGGGCAAAGGUGGUUGUCUGUGGAGUGUGGGCAAUCUCUGCUUUGGUCUCUUUCCCUCCCAUCUUAAUGCACUGGUCGCGGGACAACAAGAAGACCGAAUGCUAUGACAAUCCAGAGUGUUGUGAUUUUAUCACAAACUGGGAAUAUGCAAUCGCCUCUUCGAUCAUAUCCUUCUACAUUCCCCUAAUUGUCAUGAUAUUUGUGUAUGCCCGAGUGUACCGCGAAGCUAAGCUGCAACUGCAAAAAAUUGACAAGUGCGAGGGGAGGUUUUACCACAACCAGAGUCUCUCCAAGUGCAAACCAAAUAGGAAGAGACCCCCCAAGAUCCUUGCGAUGAAAGAGCAGAAGGCACUGAAAACACUUGGCAUCAUUAUGGGUACAUUCACGCUCUGUUGGCUCCCGUUCUUUAUUGUCAAUGUCGUGCGGGUUUUCUGCGCCGAGUUGGUGGAUAAGGACCUUUUCGUGUUCCUAAAUUGGCUGGGCUACGUGAACUCUGCUUUCAAUCCCAUAAUUUACUGCCGAAGCCCGGACUUCAGGAAAGCUUUCAAAAGACUGCUGUGCUGCCCUAGGCAGGCAGACCGCAGAUUACAUAUCAGCUCCUGCGACCUUUCGCGCUGCUCUGGGGGAUUAAUGAAUGCUCUGGACCCGGGCAUGGUCGGAACAUGGUCGGACUGCAAUGGCAGCAGUGACUGCAGUUUGGAAAGAAACGGUAAACUAUCCCAUUCACAUUCCGAAUCACAGUUGUAGAAGCUCAUGUGAUUACAUUUAGCUGCGCAAAUGUACGCGUAAAUUCGCACCAAGCACAAUUUAACACACCCACUGAACACUAAACACGCGGUCACCUGCAAUACAUGUACAUCCUUCCUUUUGGACGACAAACUCAUGCCUAUGGAAGGACUACAUUAUCUGGGGUUAAUCUAUAGCAGAUUAGCCAAUAUAUUGCUUAUGUAAAAAACAAUGAAACUACAGUCUUGGAUAGGCCUAUGUGGAUGGAUUUUGGAUGAAGAUACGCAGUUAGCCCACGAUUUACAAGACUCCUUGGAGUUUUACGCCUGUAAAUAUAAAUAUCGAUGAAUGUAUAAUUGUUGUUUUACCUCAUUCCUUAUGUGCAAAUUGUACGAAAGAAAAUUGUUUAUAUUAAACAAUUAAAUUGUACAUUAUUUAUUUGCUACACAAUACAAUCCGUCAUGGGACUGACACUGUAAGAGCUGUAAAAUGUAACGCCACAGUUGAAGGAAUGACGGACAUCUUAAGAAGUUUAAAAUGUGGAAUGUCAUUUACUUUAAUGCUAUUUAUUGUCUAAUAUACUUAUCAGUUGAUUACUGUCACUUAUGAAAUGUAUUUCUGAGCAGCUGAAUGCACAAUAGAUGUUGUUUAAAAUCUAUUGGUCCCUCGAGAGCUUUGUUUUUUCCCCUCCAGCCCUUGUCUUUCUCGCCCGGUAAGUAUUCUGUGUACAUAUGCCUUGUGAAUCAUUGUAUCAAGGUCGCCGUCUGGACGAGUGUGCAAUAAAGUGUCAUUGUGAACCCA